AUGGCGGGCGACUUUAACUGCGUCCAGUGCCCUCUCCUCGAUCGGUACGGCAGUUACCGAUCGCACCGAUCGGAAAGCCCUGCCCUGGACGCGGCAGUUGCGACACUGGGCUUGGCGGAUGCGAGAGAUCUUCGGGAUCAUGCGGAUGACGAGGGCACUGGCGAUCCUACUGAUCAUUUCACUUACUGGAAUGGGGACCGUGCCAGUCGCAUCGAUCGUUUCUAUGUGCCUGAGGGGUGGGUAGGUCGCGUGCUGUGGAUUGGAAGCGCGGGUGCCAUCCAAUCAGUCGGACCAUCAGGAGGUUGUGCUACACCUACGUGA